ACGAGGAGCAAGCUGUGACAGGAUUGUUCUACCUUAAAACUUUUAUCUUUUACAUAAUUUUAUAAUUGAGUUUUCCUCACCUUCCAUUUAAACAUGCCUCCUUCAGCGGGUAGUGACCAAACUGUGGUGAGACAGAUGUUAAGGGAGGUACUGGUGGGUCGAGAGGAUCCGGAGGGUUUCUUUGCCAUCUGUGUGUCCGUUUUGGGAUACGGAGAGACCCGCUCACAGUUCCCGUCCCUCAUCAAGCCCCUGUCCACGGCCAACAUCAGCCUCCACUCCGUCCUCACCUCCAUCUACCAGGAAUAUUUCUCCAAGACUGAAGAUGAUGAGCUGGAACUUGCUUUGGCUCUGUCUCUGUUGGAAAUGAAAAAUCCAUCGCCAUCAACCUCCAUCCAAGAGCCACAACCCCUACAGCCCGGAGUCAGAAUCAAUCACAGCAGGUCUGUUCAGUCGAAUUAUGUAUCUAAGUCGCAGGAAAGGAACUUCACCCAGCUGGAAGAUGUAAUUAGAAGAGAAAAUACCUCCUCACCACAAUUUGGAUUCUGGAACAGGGAGAAUACACAUCUUGAUGAUAACCAAACACCUGGGACAGCUCAGACUCUCUGUUUCCCUGGAUCCUCUGCUUCAUUUUCCAAGCAAAAUACUGAAAAUCAAGGUGCCCAAACGAUGGAGGAAGGAGAUUUGAACCAAUCAGAGAAGCCAAAACGCUCUAAGAAUAGGCGGCAGCGGCGAAAAAGAGGCGGCCAGCAGCUUGUAGGCUUAUCCCGGUCACCAUCGGCACCGCCGCCUGUUUUGCUCUGGUUCAGGAGGGAUUUGAGACUGUGUGACAAUCCUGCUCUUGUUGGAUCACUAGAGCUUGAUGCCCCUGUCAUUCCUGUCUUUAUUUGGAGCCCUGAAGAGGAGGAGGGGCCAGGAGUUACAGUGGCUGUGGGUGGAGCUUGCAAAUAUUGGCUUCACCAGGCUUUACUUUGUUUUUGUGGAACCCUGGAGUAUAUUGGCAGCCACCUCAUCUUUCUCAAGGCCAGUGCAGAAGGGAAUAAGGUUGGAUCUUCUCUGUAUACACUGAAGCAGCUGGUAAAAGAGACUGGGGCAAGAAAAGUGUUGGCUAAUGCCUUGUAUGAACCGUGGCUGAAGGAGAGAGAUGAUGCUGUGGUGUCAGCUCUGCAGAAAGAGGGUGUUGAAUGCAGGUUGUUCCACUCUUACUGUCUCAGAGACCCCUAUUCUGUCAGCACAGAGGGUGUGGGACUCAGAGGAAUUGGUUCAGUGUCUCACUUCAUGAGCUGCUGUAGGCAAAACCCAGGGGCUGCUGUAGGGACUCCGUUAGACCCUCCAGUAUCUCUUCCUUCACCUACCCACUGGCCACAGGGUGUUCCUUUGGACACUCUUGGACUGGCAUGGAUGCCACGCAGGAAGGAUGGCACAAUAAUUAACUGGGCGGCUAACAUUCAGAAGUCUUGGGAUUUUAGCGAAGAUGGAGCACAUGCCCGUCUAGACGCCUUUCUUCACGACGGUGUGUAUAGAUAUGAAAAAGAGUCAGGCAGAGCAGAUGCUCCAAACACCAGCUGCCUGUCUCCCUACCUUCACUUUGGUCAGCUCAGUCCUCGGUGGCUAUUGUGGGAUGCCAAAGGGGCACACUGUCGACCCCAAAAGUUCCAGCGCAAACUGGCAUGGAGAGAUUUGGCUUACUGGCAGUUAACACUGUUUCCUGACCUCCCCUGGGAAUCCCUCAGACCUCCAUACAAGGCUCUUCGAUGGAACACUGAUCGCAGCCAUCUCAAAGCAUGGCAGCGAGGUAAAACAGGCUACCCUCUGGUUGAUGCAGCCAUGAGGCAGCUGUGGCUGACAGGCUGGAUGAACAACUACAUGAGACAUGUGGUGGCAUCUUUUCUCAUUGCCUAUCUCCACCUGCCUUGGCAAGAGGGCUAUCGCUGGUUCCAGGACACUCUGGUGGACGCUGAUGUUGCCAUAGAUGCUAUGAUGUGGCAGAAUGGGGGCAUGUGUGGCCUGGAUCACUGGAACUUUGUCAUGCACCCCAUCAAUGCAGCAAUGACCUGUGAUCCCUGUGGCAGCUAUGUUAGAAAGUGGUGUCCUGAACUUGCAGAUCUGCCUGAUGAGCUUAUUCACAAACCCUGGAAAUGUCCUGCCUCCAUGCUGCGGCGUGCAGGUGUGGUGUUUGGCCAGACGUACCCUCAGCGAAUAAUUACUGACCUAGAGGAGCGGAGAAGUCAGUCUCUGCAAGAUGUUGCUUUGGUGCGUAAAGAGUUUGGACAGUAUGUGGACAAACGUUCCGGCUGUGACUUAGUGCCUUUGCCCCCACGCCUAGUCUCAGAGGCUCUGGGCUUGUCACACAGAGAUGGAAUUGUGGUAUCAGAGGGGAAGCACUUCCUGUUACCAGUAAUCACCCGCAUGGAGUUCAAAUACCAGCAAGAAGAUCCAGAUGCUGACGCUGCAUCAAACCCCUACAAUGCUGUUCUAAAAGGAUAUGUGAGCCGUAAGCGGGAUGAGACCAUCGCAUUCCUAAAUGAGAAAGACUUCACUGCCAGUGUGAUGUAUGAGGGAGCCCAGAGACAAGAGAGGCUGGAGAAGGAUUAUCGCAGAAUGGAGGGGCUCCCUCCAUCGCCUUCUACUCGUGGAAGGGCCAGACGAACUCCAACAGCCAAAGACAGAUUCUCUAUUGUACCUGGUGGGGCAGUCACUUCACUGAAGUGAGCCAGAGAUCCUUUAGAAGAAGUCUAAUGUACAAGGCAGUUAUUAUUGCUGUAAAAUAUAACAGCAGUAACACAGUCAGCAGUGAGAAACAAACAGGACUCAGAAGGUCUGCAAAAUCCUGAAUAUUACAGAUCUGGCUAAUUAAAAUAUCAGUUCUAAAGGACCUGGACUGUGUGGGUGAUGUGAAAUGUAUAUGUCCUUGCAUUACCUCCAGUCUUUUUUAAACAGUAGUGUGUAUAGUAGUGCUAUAAAUGAUUCAUUCCAUGUAUUUUUUUUUCUCCGUGAUUUAAAAAAAAAAAAGAAAAAGAUGCCUGCCACCUUUAUGGGUGCAUAUCAAUUGAAUAGGUACUGUUGAAAAAAGUGGUCAUAUCCCAUAACCUCUUAUGUGUUUCGAACAGUAUACUGCCAGUGUGUCAUGAGUGAGAAAAUGUGUGUAAAUAACAUUAAAGCUUACAGGAUUGGAGAAUACUGUUUCAAGUAUAAAAUCAGUUACAUAAGUGAAAAAUUACUGGUUCAACUAAACCAGUCCACUUGAUUUUAGUGCAACAAAGGUUUACUUAUCUAUUUAUGUUAUAUAAUCCAACCUAAACUGAAGGGCUGCUGCAAACCACCAGAUGUCACUGCCCUUGCUGUUUUACUUUUUUCCACUAACAAAAAGGCACGAAUUGUCUUAAUCCAGUCUCGUAUUCCAGAUUUAGGGUUAACCUUUUUGUGUUUGUGAUGUAACUUUCUGUACUCAGGAUUGUUUCUGACUCAGUUUGAUGGUACAGGCAUUUAUUAUGCAGAUUCUUGGAGCCAUUGUUGCCCUGCUGCUGAGAAACCACAUUUCACAACUUUUUUUGGAAGGGGGGAUGCUUAGUUUUUUACAGCAGGAUAUCAUUUCAUGGCACCACGUCACAUGCCAGCAACUGGAUAUAAACACAAUGGCUGUUUUGAAUGUGCACUGAUUCAAAGAAAUGCAAGAGGAAAUUUUUAGGACAGAGCAAGAAAUAAUGUCAACACUGGACUGACUUUCACUAGCUAGAGAGCUCAGAAUAGAGGUAGGAUGAAACAUGGAUGCUGAAUUAGCUGUCAUUAAGAGCACAUCAUUGAGAAAAUCUGCCCAAGUUCAGUUUUGGAUUUUAAAGUGGGAUAAUGUCAACAGUAAUACCUGUUCUCUAUUACCUGUGUAAUAACAAAGACCUUGUUGUGUCACGUUGAAACAUGUUACGAAUUCUAAAAUAUUGCCUGAAUUUCUAUAAUGAAGUCUAAAAUUUGGGAAAUAAAAGACAACAGUGU